CAGCAAAAGGCUCACCAAGUGGCAACUUAAGUGGCAGUGUUUACUCUGAAAGCCCGGGCAGCGCUGUCCUCGGAAACCCGACCCUGCAGCCCCUGGCGGUGGCCAGGACCCGAGCCCGCGGGAUGGACAGCCAGCACGGGCUCCCGGCAGGGGCGGCCGGGGACCAGUUCCAGCACCAGGGGGCCGUGGAGCUGCUCGUCUUCAAUUUUCUGCUCAUCCUCACCAUUCUGACCAUCUGGUUGUUUAAAAACCACCGCUUUCGCUUCUUGCACGAGACCGGAGGCGCGAUGGUGUACGGUCUCAUUAUGGGAUUAAUCUUACGCUAUGCCACGGCACCAACCGAUAUUGAAAGUGGAACUGUGUAUGAUUGUGGAACCCUGGCCUUCAGUCCAUCCACUCUGCUGAUCAACAUCACUGACCAGGUUUAUGAAUAUAAGUACAAGAGAGAAAUAAGCCAGCACAACAUCAGUCCUCACCAAGGCAAUGCUAUACUUGAAAAGAUGACGUUUGAUCCAGAAAUCUUCUUCAACAUCCUGCUGCCACCAAUUAUAUUUCACGCGGGAUAUAGCCUGAAGAAGAGACACUUUUUUCAAAACUUAGGAUCUAUUUUAACGUAUGCCUUCUUGGGAACUGCCAUCUCCUGUAUGGUCAUAGGGUUAAUUAUGUACGGCUUUGUGAAAGCUAUGGUAUAUGCUGGCCAGUUGAAAAACGGAGACUUCCAUUUCACUGACUGUUUGUUUUUCGGUUCACUGAUGUCGGCUACAGAUCCAGUGACAGUGCUGGCCAUCUUCCAUGAGCUGCACGCGGACCCCGGCCUGUACACGCUGUUGUUUGGGGAGAGCGUGCUGAAUGACGCGGUGGCCAUCGUGCUGACGUACUCCAUAUCCAUCUACAGUCCCAAGGAGAACCCCAACGCCUUCGACGCCGCGGCCUUCUUCCAGUCCGUGGGGAACUUCCUGGGCAUCUUCGCCGGCUCGUUCGCCAUGGGGUCGGCGUACGCUGUUGUCACCGCACUGUUGACCAAGUUUACCAAGCUGCACGAGUUCCCCCUGCUGGAAACAGGCCUGUUCUUCCUCCUGUCCUGGAGCGCCUUCCUGUCUGCCGAAGCCGCCGGCCUCACAGGCAUAGUUGCUGUUCUCUUCUGUGGAGUCACACAGGCACAUUACACCUACAACAACCUGUCGGUGGAUUCCAAAAUGAGGACUAAGCAGUUGUUUGAAUUCAUGAAUUUCUUGGCUGAGAACGUCAUCUUCUGCUACAUGGGUCUGGCGCUGUUCACAUUCCAGAAUCAUCUCUUUAAUGCUCUGUUUAUACUUGGAGCCCUUAUAGCAAUCUUGGUUGCCAGAGCCUGCAACAUAUACCCGCUCUCCUUCCUCCUGAACCUGGGCCGAAAGCAGAAGGUCCCCUGGAACUUCCAGCACAUGAUGAUGUUCUCAGGCCUGCGAGGAGCCAUCGCGUUCGCCUUGGCCAUUCGGGACACGGGCUCGCAGCCCAAGCAGAUGAUGUUCACGACCACGCUGCUGCUGGUGUUCUUCACGGUCUGGGUGUUCGGCGGAGGGACGACCCCCAUGCUGACCUGGCUUCAGAUCAGAGUUGGCGUGCACCUGGAUGAAGACCUGAAGGAGCCUCCCUCACACCAGGAAGCAAAUAACGUGGAGAAAAGCACCACCAAGGCGGAGAGCGCCUGGCUCUUCCGAAUGUGGUACAGCUUUGACCACAGAUACCUGAAACCCAUUUUAACCCACUCGGGGCCUCCGCUGACCACAACGCUGCCCGAAUGGUGCAGUCCGAUUUCCAGGCUGCUCACCAGCCCUCAGGCCUACGGGGAACAGCUGAAGGCGGAGGAUGCGGAAUGCAUCGUGCAUCAGGACGAACUAGCCGCGAGUGACCAGGAGCUGUCCCCCUUCCCCUGCAGCCCCCCUGCGAGGCUGGAUCUGGGCAAGAAAGCUGCUCCCCAGGCUCCAAACAAGGAAAACAUUUACGAGGGCGACCUGGGCCUAGGCGGCUAUGAACUCCAGCUCGAGCGAACCGCGGGUCAAUCCCAGCUGAGUUAGUGGGCGUGGACGGCGCAGGUUGACCGCAGGUGGUGAGGGCCCCUGAGGAACACGCCACGCUGAUGAGGCACAGAGGACACACGGGAAAAUGUGUCCAGAGCAUAAAUUGGAGAGCAUCAAACCCUCGUCAUGUGUAUCCUCUGGUGCCUGAAGAAAGGAGAAUGUAUCACUGUUCCUCUAUAUUAUGCAACUGAAUUUAAGUUUUGACG